AUGGCGGACAAGAUCCUGAUGAGAGAGUUCAAAGAACUGUCAAAAGAAACCUGGACCCACAUUUCCCUCAUCAACGACAACGUCUUCGAAUGGAGCGUCGCCCUUAUCGUCCUCAAUCCCGACUCAGCCUACUACGGCGGCUACUUCAAAGCGACCAUGAAGUUCCCCAGUAACUACCCUUACACACCACCCGACUUCCGCUUCAACCGAUCCCUCUGGCAUCCGAACGUCUAUUCCGACGGUCGUCUCUGCAUAAGCAUCCUCCACCAGCCAGGCGAAGACAUGAUGAGCGGCGAACUAGCCGGCGAACGCUGGUCUCCCGUUCAAAGGGUAGAAAGCGUCCUCAUCUCCGUACUAUCCCUCCUCGACGACGCCGAAGUAAGCAGUCCCGCCAACGUAGACGCGGGUGUGAUGUUACGAAAAGACCCGGAGGCGUAUAAGCAGAAGGUGCUGCAGGACAAGGAGACGAGUAAGCAGGAUAUCCCUGCUGGGUUCGAGAUGCCGACCCAUGAGAUGGCGUUCAAAAAGGAGGAGAAGGUGGACACGUUCAGUUGGUCGGAUAGUGAGGCCGAGGAUGAUUUUGGGAGCGAGAGUGAUGAGGAGAUGUUUGAUGAGGAUGAGGAGACGGAUGGGGAGGAGGGUGGGGAGAAAGAUGAGGAGGAUGACUGA